AUGGCAGAGGGUUCCAUCUUCGACCGUCCUCUCCGUGCUUAUUGGUUGGAGGAUGGUUUCACGGGUUCUGGUCUCGGUACCCGAAGCCUGCACUCUGUUCCGGGUAAACGGGCGGAGCUUGGUCGUUUCUACCCUGGCGGCAAGUGGGGAGAAGCGAUCGGGUGGAGCAACGAGAGCCCGCCGCCGGCAAAGGAGCCGCUGGCCGUCGGUCUAGGUAACCCGAUGACAGGCUUCUUGCCUGGGUUGGAACACUACAGACUGCAAUUGUAUCAUUACGCAAUGGCCGAGAGACUGAGGCUGGCUCAGCAGUUGCACCCUCAGCAUCCAGGCGUAGGCCACCCUCCGUCUAGCGCUCCAACUCACCUAGGAAUGGGCCCAGGGUUUCCUGCGCCGCUACCGCUAUAUCCGGCAGCAGCGGCCGCCGCCGGAUAUCCCAGUCGAUUAGCUCUGUCCAUGGCUCUUCUCCAUCCUCAUCACCAGCGGAUACCGGAGGAGCCGAAACCCCAACACAGUUACAUCGGUCUGAUUGCCAUGGCGAUCCUCUCCUCGCCGGAGAAGAAACUCGUGCUGUCGGACAUCUACCAGCACAUAUUGGAGCACUAUCCUUACUUUAGAACGCGUGGGCCAGGCUGGAGGAACUCGAUAAGACACAAUCUAUCUUUGAACGACUGUUUCGUAAAGUCGGGCAGAAGCGCCAACGGAAAGGGCCACUAUUGGGCCAUACACCCGGCGAACCUGGAGGACUUCAGGCGAGGAGAUUUCAGGAGACGCAAGGCUCAGAGGAAGGUCAGAAGACACAUGGGUCUGGCUGUCGACGAGGAGCCUGACAGUCCGAGUCCGCCGCCUCUGCCGGCGACGCCACCUCCUCCAGCGACUCUAGGACCUCCGAGACAGUUCGACGUGGCGUCUCUGCUUGCGCCCGAUGACCAACACCAUCAGAUAGAGUCCGACCUGAAGCCGCAGAAGACGAGGAGAUUUAGCUGCAGCGAGGACGAGCUACACGAUCUUCAGGAGCCUGAUCAGGACGAGGAGGACGUCGACGUGGACGUGGUGGCCGAGACGAAUGCUCUGCCGUCGCCAAACACACCGUCGGCCAGUCCCGAGGCUAAGGUCAUCUCGACGGCCAGUCACUGGACCAAUCAGGGCAUUCAGAGCGGUCAAAUCUCGGGGCUGCACAUUCAGAGUCACCUCCAGGCGAGGAAUUACUACGUGCCAGCGACAUCCAGCAACGGACCCACCCGUGCCAUUCAGGAUUACGCCGAAAUGCUGGCAAUGCGAUCGUUUAAGACUUCAUUUGAUGAAUCGAGAGAGAGAGAGACAAUGGGACACUUUGUCGCAGGAUCG